GGCCGGGCACGUCGUGCGUUAUAAUCUGCAGAGCAUAUUGGAUCAUUGCAUUAGCGACAGAUGAAUUCUGCCAUUACCGGUACCUUUUAAUGCAUUUGCACUCUAAUGACCUAUUCGACUUGAUGGAUUGUUUUAGUAGCUUCCUAACACAGGUGAAAUUCAUGAUUAAGUUGAUUAUAUUUUGGAUGAAUGAAAGAAAGUUUAUGAAAUUGUUGACCAUGAUGGCGGAAGACUGGAACGAUUGUGCUGACAAUGAUGUCAGCAUGCAUGAAACAACAUGUAAAGCUAAAUUAGCAGAUCGUAUCAUUAACGCGAUGUUCACUCUUCACACGUUGACUAUCGUUGCAUAUAGCGUUGGCAUCCUUUUUGCUGAUGUCGAUGUUACCAAUCAUGAGGGUGAACUACCUCUACUUUUAAAGGUGAAACUUCCUAUCGAUAUAACCACAAAACAAGCAUAUAGAUUGUUUUUAUCAAUGCAAUUUGUGCACCUCAUCAUGUCCGGCUGUGGGACCGGCUUGCUAAAUUCUCUGCUUCUAGCGUUGACUUUACAUGUAGGUGGUCAAAUGGAUAUUCUGAGUAAUUGGUUGAAUGAACUUGUGCCUAAAGAAAACGAAGAAAGACGCGAGUCUAUUGUCAUUACAACGAAUAAGAUCAUUCAAAAGCAUCAAAAAAUUAUCAGUUUUUCAGAACAUAUCGAAGAUUUGUAUACAUAUAUCGCACUAGUGCAAUUCACAUCAAACACAGUGUUAAUUUGCUCGUUGGGUUUUCUCAUUGUAACCGCGAUUGGCAAUCCCGACGCGACGGAACAGAUAGUGAGAUCUCUUUUAUUUUACACUGUAACAAAUCUAGAAGCGUUUAUAUUCUGCUUCGCAGGAGAAUACCUAAAAAAUAAGAGCAAGGCCAUUGGGAAUGCAGCGUACAAUUCCGCGUGGUAUAAAUUAAAACCUGAAAACAGUCGUAAAUUGAUAUUCGUAAUAUUAAGAGCGCAGAAACAAUUAACGCUUACAAUUGGAAAAAUAAUGGAUCUCUCUUUAGAAUCCUUUACAAGUAUCAUGAAAGCUUCGGGAUCGUAUUUGUCAGUAUUGCUGGCAAUGCAAUGA